UACACUAAAUAUCAUUUCCGUAGAGAAGACAGCCGUUGAUUAUUGUGUCGCAUCCAGAUUAUUGUUCCCUCGUGAUAACGGAUGUGAGGCGGUCAGACCGAGCCUCGCGUGCCAAUCCCGCGGAGUGUAGACGGUCUCUCACGGGGCUCUCUAGCCGUAUUGUGCGUCAUCUCCAUUGCUGCUGUUUUGUUAUUUUUCUUCGCUGAGGAAACAUGGCAACUCCCGCUGCGGUCAACCCGUCCGAGAUGGGCAGUGAGUUGCCGGGGACGGUAGCCAUGCCGGGGGCAGUGGGAGCCGGCCAGGUGAGGAUGGGAGGAGCUGCACCGGGCCGUGGGGGCAAGAGGAGAUCGGGAGGAAUGGACUUUGAUGAUGAAGACGGAGAGGGGCCUAGCAAAUUUUCAAGAGAGAACCACAGUGAGAUUGAGCGACGCCGACGCAACAAAAUGACCCAGUACAUCACUGAGCUGUCAGACAUGGUCCCUACCUGCAGCGCUCUGGCCCGGAAACCUGACAAGCUGACCAUCUUGCGCAUGGCUGUCUCUCAUAUGAAAUCAAUGAGGGGCACAGGCAACACAUCCACUGACGGAGCCUAUAAGCCCUCCUUCCUCACCGAACAGGAACUGAAGCAUCUGAUCCUGGAGGCAGCGGACGGCUUCCUGUUCGUGGUGGCAGCAGAGACAGGCAGGGUGAUAUAUGUGUCGGACUCUGUGACGCCGGUACUGAACCAUCCCCAGGCCGAGUGGUUUGGCAGCACUCUGUAUGAACAGGUCCACCCUGAUGAUGUGGACAAGCUGAGGGAACAGCUCAGCACUUCAGAAAACUCCAUGACAGGACGGAUUCUGGACCUGAAGACAGGAACAGUGAAGAAAGAGGGACAGCAGUCCUCCAUGAGAAUGUGCAUGGGCUCCCGACGCUCUUUCAUCUGCCGCAUGAGGUGUGGCAGUGCUCCUCUGGAUCACAUCUCCUUAAACCGUCUGUCUAACAUGAGGAAGAGAUACAGGAAUGGCCUUGGACCAUCAAAAGAAGGAGAGGCUCAGUACUCUGUGGUGCACUGCACUGGCUACAUCAAAGCCUGGCCCCCCGCAGGUAUGACGAUACCAGAUGAAGACACAGAUACAACUCCGACUGCGAAAUACUGCCUCGUGGCCAUCGGAAGAUUGCAGGUGACCAGCUCUCCAGUCUCUAUGGAUAUGAACGGCCUGUCGGUGCCCACAGAGUUCCUGUCACGUCACAACUCUGAUGGUGUCAUCACUUUCGUCGACCCGCGUUGCAUCAACGUCAUUGGUUAUCAGCCUCAGGACCUGCUGGGGAAAGAUAUUUUGGAGUUUUGCCAUCCUGAGGACCAGAGUCACCUGAGAGAAAGUUUCCAACAGGUGGUGAAGUUGAAGGGUCAGGUUCUGUCCGUGAUGUACCGUUUCCGUAUGAAGAACAGGGAGUGGAUGCUGAUCCGAACCAGCAGCUUCACCUUCCAGAACCCCUACUCUGAUGAGAUAGAGUACAUCAUCUGCACCAACACCAACGUCAAGCAGCUACAGCAGCAGCAGCAGGCAGAGCUGGAGGUUCACCAGAGAGACGGACUGACUGCCUACGAUCUCUCUCAGGUACCUGUUGCCAGUGUCAGCAGUGGAGUCCAUGAAGCAGGGAAGAACAUUGACAAGACAGAAGCCCUGUUCUCCCAGGAGAGAGACCCACGCUUUGCUGAGAUGUACACUGGCAUCUCUGGCUCGGGAGAUAAGAAGAUGAUGGUUCCUUCCUCUACAGCAGGAGGACAGCAGCUGUAUUCCCAGAGUUCCCCCUUCCAGCAGGGACACUCCAGCAAAAGCUUCAGUUCCUCUGUGAUCCAUGUUCCCGGUGUGAAUGACAUCCAACCAUCAGGCUCAUCCAACCAGAAUCUAGCUCAGAUCUCCAGACAGCUCAACCCGGGCCAGGUGGCUUGGUCAGGCAACCGACCCCCCUUCUCCGGCCAGUCCAGUAAAGCCCAGUCCAGUCCUUUUGGUAUUGGUUCUGGCCACAGCUACCAGACCGACCCAGCUUCUUACAGUCCGCUGUCGUCCCCGGCUACUUCCUCCCCCAGCGGCAACGCCUACUCAGGACUGACGAACCGCAGCACAGCUUUUGAUGUGUCAGGGGAGAGCAGUCAGAGUGGAGGCCAGUUCCAGGGACGUCCCAGUGAGGUCUGGUCCCAGUGGCAGAACCAGCAUCACUCCCAGCAGGGCGGGGAGCAGCACACACACCCCAACCCCAGCCAGACUGAAGUCUUCCAGGAUAUGUUACCCAUGGCUGGAGAUCCCACCCAGGGAACGGCCAACUACAACAUCGAAGACUUCGCUGACCUCGGCAUGUUCCCACCAUUUUCUGAGUAACCCCUCCCUCUCUCCGUCUCAACUCCCCCACCUCCUUACACACACACACACACACACACACACACACACACACACACACACACACACACACACACACACACACACACACUCCCCCG